AUGGGUACCGCAAGAUAUGAUCGUGCUAUAACUGUUUUUUCUCCAGAUGGUCAUUUGUUCCAAGUUGAAUAUGCUCAAGAAGCUGUCAAAAAAGGUUCAACUGCUGUUGGAGUAUGUGGAAAGUCUAUUGUUGUUCUCGCUGUGGAGAAAAAAUCUGUUGCAAAAUUGCAAGAAGAAAGAACCAUGAGGAAAAUAUGCUUGCUAGAUGAUCAUGUAGUUAUGGCAUUUGCUGGUCUUACUGCUGAUGCCCGCAUUUUGAUUGACAGAGCCAGAGUCGAAUGUCAGAGUCACAAAUUGACUGUUGAAGAUCCUGUAACUCUGGAGUACAUUACCAGACAUAUAGCUAUGUUGAAGCAGCGCUACACACAAAGUAAUGGUCGAAGACCAUUCGGUAUUUCAGCUUUAAUCGCCGGCUUUGAUUAUGAUGGUACUCCUCACCUUUUCCAAACCGACCCGUCUGGUGUUUACCACGAAUGGAAAGCAAACUCGACCGGGCGAAGUGCGAAGACGGUUCGGGAAUAUCUCGAGAAGAAUUAUUCCGAAGAAAUAAUUGCCGAAGAUGAAUCAACGAUCAAAUUUGCCAUCAAAGCUUUGUUGGAAGUUGUCCAAGGAAAAAAUUUAGAAGUUGCUGUUAUGAAGAAGGGCCAGGCUUUGAGAAUGCUUGAUGCAGAUGAAAUUAGUGUAUAUGUCGCCACUAUAGAAAAGGAAAAGGAAGAAGAAGCUGAAAAGAAAAAGCAAAAGAAAUAAUAUGAUAUAACUGUUAAAAUUGCCUGCUAUUUGUUAUAUGAAAGAAUUAUAAUCUAUGGUGCAUUAAAAUCACUGUAGUACUUAACAUUGUCAUUUAUUAUUAUGCUUCACAUCAUACUUGUCUUAAAUUUCUGCAGGUUGUAUUGUUCUUCUGUAUUUGAUAAUUUUGGAAAAAAAUGUAUUUUGUUAAGAAUAUAAUUGAAGAUGGUUUUAAAAAUA